UCUGAUACAAGUUUGAAGUCACUGAGCAAUACAGACAUCUUCGAACCGUUCCGAUUUGUCAGUACCACACCAAAAUGGUUUCCGUCUGAUGUUCGACUCACCCUAUCUAGCCCGGAUGUAGUGAAUGUUGUGCUCGAAACCAGUCUGGGUCAGCCGAAUCCGCUGGGCAGUCGUCCGGGUCCGCAACGUUUGUUCGUUCAGAUUCCCUGGUUCUUCGAACCGAAAUCCCUGUUGCUUGCCGGCGCAUUCAGUCGGGAUACACAAUUCUUCUAG